AUGGAGAGUGCCGCAGACUCAGUUGUGCAUCUACCAUAUUUUGAUGGGUACAACUAUGGUGCUUGGAAAGCUAAAAUGAAGUCUUUCUUAUGGUCUCUGGAUGAACGUGUCUGGAAUACUGUGGUUCCUGGAUUUUCUGAACCCACAAAAAUAACUGGAAAAGGAGAUGAAGAACGCACACUUCCUAAACCCAGAGAGGAAUGGACAAAUGCAGAAGUAACUCAUGAAGGAACCGACAUAGUAAAAGGCGCCAAGCUCCAAUUAUACAACCUACAGUUUGAAACACUGGUGAUGGAUGAUAAUGAAAUGUUUUCUGAGUUUUAUGCUAAAUUGUGUGUUAUUGUGAAUGCUUGUUCAAACUUAGGUGGAAAAAUUUCAGAAGAUAGAGUGGUGAAAAAGAUUCUGAGAUCGUUGUCUCAACGAUUCCAACCGAAGGUCACAGCUAUUGAAGAGAUCCGUGACUUGAACACCUUGAAAGUUCAAGAACUCAUAGGGUCCAUACAAACCUAUGAGAUGAAACAUCUAGCUCCUAAAAAGAGCAAAAGUGUUGCUUUUAAGGUUGUGAAUGAAGAAGAUGAUAGACAUUCAAAUGAAGAUUGCAGUGAUGAGGAAUUAACGAUUCACACAAGACGAUUCAUGAACUUUCUCAAGAAUCAGGAUCCAAGAAGUCGAGAUUCAAAAGGUAUAAAUUCUAAAAAUAGAUUUGUUGACUAUACUGAUAGUGGGUUUAAAUCUCGCAGGUCAAAUGAACGAAAGAAUCUAAGAGAAAAGGUCCAAUGUUUCGAAUGUGAAGGCUAUGGACACAUAUCUUCAGAAUGUGCCAACACUUUAAAGAAGCAAAAGGAUGGGACGAAUAAGGCCCUGCAUACUACUUGGAGUGACAGUGAUUCUGACACUGAAAAUAAUGAGAAGGCCAUUGCACUUAUCACGACCGUAAGCUUGGACGAAGCAUCAAAGAAAAAUGAUGAUGAAGGAUUGGAUAUUGAAUUUGUGCUGGAAAAAUAUGAUGAUUUACUAGCUGCCUCUCAGAAACUCAGCAAACAGAAUGCAGAACUCGUCAAAACUGUUGCUGUGUUAAAACUAGACAAAAGCAGGAUUGCUAAUGAGCUGCCAUCCUUUGAUACUGCUCCCAGAAUGGUGAAGAUGGCUAUGCACGAUGAGACUGUUGCACCCUUUGAACAUCUAAAAUCCGACACACUGAUCUUUUCAAUCUGUCUCUCCUUUAGUGACGACAAGACAAAGUUCCUCAAGGACUUCAAUGGUUAA